AUGGGACAGGGCAAAGCCAUUCCUCCACCCCUGCCGAAUCGGGAAGACUAUGUCGUCGAUUUCGAUGGCCCGGACGAUCCUCAGCACCCCUUGAAUUGGCCUCUCUUUACCAAAAUUCUCAUAUCGACGAUCGCAUGCUUUGGCACAUUUAUCCCAUCAUUCGCCAGUGGAGCCUUCGCACCUGGCUCUGCAGCAGCAGCCAAGUCUUUUCAUGUAGGAUCCGAAGUUGGGAUACUGGGUACGUCGCUUUUUGUGUUAGGUUUCGCAGCCGGUCCUGUCAUCUGGGCCCCCGCUUCGGAACUGUUUGGAAGACGAUGGCCUUUGACACUAGGUAUACUCGGAGGUGCUGUAUUCACCAUUGCAUCCGCUGUCGCGAAAGACAUCCAAACGCUGAUAAUCUGUCGCUUCUUUGCGGGAAUGUUCGGGGCCAGCCCACUCGCGGUGGUUCCUGCUGUGCUGUCGGACAUUUGGAACAAUUCGCACCGCGGAGCUGCCAUUUCGCUGUAUGCAAUCCUCGUUUUCUUGGGUCCGUUGAGUGCCCCUUUCAUUGGAGGCUUCAUCGCUUCGAGCUCGCUCGGAUGGCGUUGGACCCUGUAUAUUCCGGCUAUAGUGGGCUUUGCUUGGGGUGGUAUCUGCAUAUUAUUUUUGAAGGAGACAUACGCGUCUUGCCUUCUUGUGUCGAAAGCGGCCACCCUUCGGCAGCAAACUGGUAAUUGGGGCAUUCAUGCAAAGCAGGAGGAAGUCGAGGUGGACAUACAGCAGCUGAUUCAGAAGUACUUUACCCGUCCACUGCGGAUGCUCGCAACUGAGCCCAUUGUCUUAGUCAUUUCCCUUUAUAUGUCCUUCAUUUACGGCAUUGUGUAUGCCCUGCUUGAAGCUUACCCUUAUGUUUUCGAGUCCGUCCAUGGCAUGGGCCCCGGGAUUAAUGGUCUUCCAUUCAUUGGCCUCAUUAUUGGGCAGAUGGCUGCCUGUGGAUUCGUUCUCUCACAGCAAUCCGCCUAUGUAAGAAAGUUAGCUGCCAACAACAACGUUCCCAUCCCAGAAUGGCGCUUGAAUUCUGUUGUAGUUGGGGCUCCAGUGUUCACGAUUGGCAUCUUCUGGUUCAGUUGGACUGGCUUUACUGCUAGCAUUCACUGGAUGGCUCCAACUGCAGGAGGAGUACUGAUCGGUUUCGGAAUUCUCUCUAUCUUCCUACCAUGCUUUAACUAUUUAGUGGAUUCAUUUCUCCCCGUGGCUGCUUCGACCGUGGCUGCCAACAUCAUCCUCCGAUCCAGCGUUGCGGCAGGGUUCCCACUUUUCUCGAAGCAGAUGUUCGCGAACCUCGGGGUGCAGUGGGCGGGAACACUGUUGGGGUGCCUGUCGGCGAUCAUGAUUCCCAUUCCGUUCCUAUUUCGAGCAUAUGGACCCAGGUUGAGAGGGGAAGGCAAGCAGACCAGCCGUUGGGGCUAUGAGUGUCACUAUCAGGCUCCGCGACGCGUGAGAAGCAAACCCGCCGACCGGGGAACCAGCAUCUGCGACCAGAAUGAACCCAUCCUCGAAUCGAGUCCCCGAGAGGUGGGCCGCUUCACUGAGACCCUUGAGGUCAAUUCGGGAGCGGCUUUUGUCAGAAAGAUCGGCCUCAAAGUCGACCCAGCCAACGCGCCCAAAUUGAACCUCUUUGGCUGGAAUGUGGGCAGACGCAAGUCCCCUGCCGGACUCGCCCCCGUCGCAGCCUUUCCCAUUGUCGAGAUCCUCUCGUUGAUGCAGAUGAGGACUCUGGCGAAUGUCUUUUUCUCCAAGGUGGAUCCCUGCUAUGGUUUUAUCGAUUCCAGCGAUUUCUUCCGCCGCAUGGACAGCCGCUGGCAGCCCAACGCGGUGGAGAGUACGUAUGACGGCGUCUUAGCUGGGGUUGCCGCUCUCGGAUGCCUUUUCUCAGGGACCAACAUUAACAUCACCGAGUCUCACUUGGUCGAACUGAUGCGCUCGAUCUCCGAGACUCAUAUCGGAAGUGUCCGUCCCUCACUGCACUUGGUGACUGUAUGGACCCUGCGCGUGAUUUAUCUGCGCAUGACUGCCCCUCCGUAUCCCUGCUGGGUGACAAGCUCCACCUUGAUGCACUUGAUUGAAGCUUCCAAGCUCCAUCAGCUAUCAACAGAUGACGAUAAUGAUGUCGAUAUUCGACGGAGACUCAUUGGUGUCGCUCAACAUCUGAACCUCUGGAUCUCCUACGAUCUGGGUCUUUCCCGAGUUCCCCUGUGCAGUGAUACGCUCGGACUGCCUUCGUCGCGACCCGGCGAUUUCACCACAGAGCUCCUCGGUCUCCUACCUGUAACCGCCAGUCUGGGUCCGGAGAACCAACGUCCAGACCAGGAAAUCGAAGAGCUAUUACAUCAGACAUUGAACCGCAGUCACACCAAGCCACCCUCUCUUCUUUGCCAAUGCAAUCUGGUUCUAUGUCUGCUCCGACGUCUCCGGUUAACAAACCUCACUGCAUCGCCAACCACAAUGACCAAAGUCCUUGACCUACUCAAACGCAGUCUAUGUGCAUCACGUGAAAUGGUUGCCGACUGCUCUCCAUGGCACCAUGUACCUAAUGUGCCGUUCCAGAUGAUCAGUAUCAUCCUCGAGAUGGACACCAGCCCAGCACUCGAGCUACUGCCUGAAGCUAUGCAAACGUUGAGGGUGGUGGCCUCUACCUACGAUACGGAAACUAUGAGGGAAGCGUAUAACACAGCGUGUUUACUCAUUCUUCUGUACGAACGGCGUAGACGUGCGGACACUAGGUUGCUGAGUACAGUACUCAAUGAGUAUCAGCAGUCACCAGCCACAGAGUCGUCGCUCCAGCAAAUGGCAACUUCUGACGAAGUAUCCUGGCUGGAGGGGCUAGUUGCUGAUGUGCCAACCUUGCAGGGCCUUGACUUUAGUCAAUUUUUGCAGCCGGACAUGCUUCGAAUGUCUCCGGAUGCUUCUGCUUGGGAAAAUAAGUCUAGUUGA